AUGAAACCCAAUCGUAAGCUGAAGAAACCAAACAAGUCUCCCAAGCUGAUUUUGGAGGAAAUAAUUGGCUUGACGACGAAGAAUGCCAAUGGAUUGGCUUCGAGCAUUUCGAAUUCAAAUGUUGUUUAUAUAGCAGGUUGUGUUGUGGUGGUUUAUAAUGUUGAUUCGGGCACUCACUCCUACCUCAUGGUAUCUAAUCGGACGCCAAAACCUCUUAGCUGCGUCGCAGUCUCACAGGAUGGAAAUUUUAUUGCAGCUGGAGAAUCAGGGCCUCAACCUGCAGUGCUAGUGUGGGACUUUGCUACUGCAGCUAUUGUAUCUGAACUAAGAGGCCAUCAAUAUGGAGUGGCAUGCAUGGCUUUCUCACCUGAUGGUAAACAUCUGGCAUCCGUUGGAUUUGCUCAUGAUGGAUACCUCUGCCUUUGGCAUUGGCAAAGUGGGAUGUUAGUGACAAAGCUUAAAGCAUGUUCAUCUUGUUCUUCUAUUGCAUCAGUUAGCUUCUCAUCAGAUGCAGAAUUCAUUUUAACUGCUGGGAGAAAGCACUUGAAGUUCUGGGCGGUUGGAUCAUCUACAAAAUCUCAUGCAAAUAUGAGGGCAUGCUCACUGGUAAUGCAUGGGAAGCCUGUUAAACUCGCUCACCACAAAGGAUGCUCAUUCAUAGCUGUUACAUCUCCCCAUUGGAGUGAAGGUGGUCUUAUUGAUUGCCAUCGUGCUGGUGGAUUUUUACCUAUUUAUGCAUUGACAGAUGCAGGGUUGUCUAUCAGAAAUUCAGUGGACUUAAAGUUUAUAGAGUCUAAUUUUCAGGUUGAGAAAGGUUAUGCACUAUCUGCAUCAAAAAAGUUGGUUGCUUGUGCCUGCAAUGAUGGAGUUGUAAAACUCUUCACUGUGGAUUUUCUUAAAUAUGCUGGAAGCUUAAAAUAUACUGAAGCCAAAAGAUGCAACAAGGCAAAUGACAUUGAUUGGCCAGAUGAAGUUAGGGACAAUGAAUUUCAGCCUCUUCCUUCUCUUCCUGAUGCUAUUGCUUGCCAAUUUUCAACCUCAGAAAAACUUGUGGUUGUUUAUGGUGACCACAGUCUCUACAUAUGGGAUUUACGUGAUGUAUACAAGGCCAUCAGGUGUUGUGUGCUAGUUUCGCAUAGUGCAUGCAUAUGGGACAUUAAGAAUCUUCCAUGUGAAAACAUGCACGAUGCUUCUCUUGUAUGUGUUGCUAGAGGUUGUUCCGGUGGAGUUUCUUUUGCGACAUGCUCAGCAGACGGUACUAUUAGGUCAUGGGAUCUCACACUGCAAACAGUUUUACCAGAGGAGAGUUCAGCUCCUGCUCUGGACAACAAUUUGGAGAGUACUGAGCAAGUUGGCACUACAUGUUUAGUAAGUGCUGGGCUUUUCAAAUGGGAUUCUGUGGUGUCUGGCAGUAGCACUCAAGGCUUUCGAGCGAUGGCAGUUAGUUCCGAUGGAAAGCACUUGGCUGCUGGUGAUUGCAGGGGCAACCUCCAUAUUUAUAACUUAGCCACCUAUGACUAUAUGUGUAUUCAGGAUGCUCACGAUGCAGAAAUCCUGUCAUUGAGCUAUAGCAUGCCAAGAGAGAGGGACAUUUUAUCUAAUAAAGCUUCAGAGAGCUUUUACUUCCUUGCUUCAGGGGGGCGGGAUCGAAUGAUCCAUCUUUAUGAUAUAGAAAGGAAUUAUGAUCUCAUUGGGAGUGUUGAUGAUCAUUCAGCUGCUGUGACUUCUGUAAAACUUACUUGCAAUGGCUCCAAGAUUCUAAGUUGUAGUGCUGACAGGUCUCUGGUGUUUCGGGAUGUGGUGGUCGCCGAAAAUAAUUAUAAAAUUUCUCGUUGUCAUCAUCAAAUGGUAUCUCAUGGAACUGUGUAUGACAUGGCUACAGAUCCAAUGGUGGAGGUUGCUGCCACAGUUGGGCAGGAUAAGAAGAUAAACACAUUCAAUGUUGCUACUGGGAAACUUAUUAGAUCAUUCAAGCAUGAUACGGAUUUUGGGGACCUGUUGAAGGUAACUAUGGACCCAAGCUGCAGUUACCUGGGUUGCUCGUACUCUAACAGGUCUGUUUGCAUUUAUGACUUUGUAACUGGGGGGAUGGUUGCACAAGCAGCAGGGCAUGGGGAAGUUAUAACUGGUGUCAUCUUCUUACCCGACUGCAAGCACUUGGUUUCUGUAGAUGGUGAUGGCUGUAUAUUUGUUUGGAAAGUGCCUUCUCUUUUAUCUUCAAGGAUGUUGCUAAGAGUUGAGGAAAAAUAUUCUCCAUCGUCACCAAAAGUCAUGACUCAGGCAGUAGCCUUUAGUCAGACCAAGUUUCAUGGAAAGGAUGACCAUCAACGGAAAAUCAAUCAAAAAGGUGAAGCUGUGGCGGAAAACACUAAUCAAUUCAGUCAAAGAUGGCUUUGUGAAGGAGGGGAACCUCAGGAGACAUCUGCAUUCAAAUUUAGCAUUUCUAGACUUCCAAAAUGGGCACAAGCCAAAGUUACUCCCCUUGAUUCCAUCCCCACAGACCCCGAGUCCACUUCAUCCCAGCAAGUUGGACAAGAAGUUUUCUCUCCCUCAGUUGAUAAUGGAGGGGGAAAUGCUGCUGCGUGUCAUGUAUUACAAACUCCAUUUGAAUAUGAUGUGGAUGGUAGUAAACAAAUUCGUGGUAGCAUGUUCAUAAAUUCAUCUGAUACAAUGUCUCCAAUUUCGCCCGAAACUUGUAGCAGCUUUUCAUUGGACAGGCGUUGGUUAACCAUUCAUACCGUGUGUUUGGAUCUGCUAAAUUCCCCCGAGGUUUGGGAUAUGAACGAUAUCAAGGGGUGUUUUCAUACAGCCCAAGCACCAGCCGUGGAGAAUACUAAUAAUAUUGAGCAUGUUGAGCUCUCAUCCAGGGAUCCUAGUGUGAACAAUUCUUCUGUGGAGUCUACAUUUUUGUUUAGUAACCAUGUUGAUGGACAAGGUUCCACUUUAUAUGAACAUACCAAAUCGAACAAUUCUGGCUCUUUGUGCAAUAGCACAGAUAAACUCAGAAGUAGUAAUUCAAGCACAAGCCAUAAGCAAUUUGUUCACCAUGUAUCAGCCCAGUUGCAGUCGGACACAACUGAAUGCGGGCUACAAGCAGCUCGGGGUGUUAAUGUGACCUUUAAUAUAAGGUCUCAAAAAAAUGAAUUUUCCAACAUGAAGGUUGGCAAUUUGUCCGCAAAAUCGAAGAUGGAGGGAAGAACAUCAUCAGCAGGGAGAUGCUACUCUGGACGGUUUUCUGUGCGGCAGGACCUUUUUAGAGGUCAAAAUAAGCUUUUUGACACACCUAUUCGAGAUUUUGGUGAUGAAACCAUGAACAGGGGCAGUGAAACUGACCCUAACGUUACGAUGAAGGACCUGUCUAUGCAGGUGUCAGAAGAAUCAAAAAGGGCAGAUCAUUGCAAACAGGAUCUGAAGAUCUCAACAAAAAACUUAAUAAGCCCAAGCGCCAGUGUUUCCCAACUUGAUUUGGACAAGUUAAUGAACAUGGAAGUGACAAAAAUCAGAGAUCAAGAGGAAAGUGAUUUUGGGGCAGUUGAAAAUAAUGUAACAAUCGUUGCAUGCAAAGAAGCAUUGCUCAAUUUGGAUGCUGCGGCUGAGAAUGCGCUCCAGUUAUUUUCUAAAUUAGGGAGCCUGACUAAUGGAGAUGAAAUUUCGAGGCAGCCUGAAGCUCAAUUAUGUGCUGAGGCUACUCAGAUGCUUCCUUCAAUAGCAAAGAAAGUUCAUGCAGUUGCCACAUUGGUGCAAUCUACUACCAAUAAUUCCUGUGGGGGAACUGGAUUGGAUGCUCCGAGCUUUGAAAAUAUGUUAGGAACAUUUGCUGAGAGUCUAUCACAAAGGGUUGUUGAAAUACUGAAGAAAAAUUAUAGCAGUCUCUGAAAUGUCUCUAUGUAGCAGUGUACAGUAUCUACAAAAUAAGUGUGCUGGCCUAACUGCUAUGCUUGGAGCUGGUGUUGAACACAAAGAUCAGAUCAAAUGUGGGCUUAAAGACACUAUUUACAAAGCUCCGUGGACGUAAAACCCAGGCCGGAAAGUUCCUUGCUGGGCCCAUUUUAGUCCUCAGCCACACAUCUGUCUAAAAAGAACACCCAUUUUUUGCAGCUUAGAGAUCUGCAGGUAUGGGCUCCAUCUCUUCCAAAAAAAGAAAAAGAGAAACUCUAUCUUUCCUGUGUA